AUGGCCGCCGCGCCCGCAGCCCUCGGCGCAGCGCUGGCGAGGCUGCGGUCGUUACUGCGCCUUCGGCCAUGUCUGGAUCUCACAAUGCAGGCUGCGGGUAGUGGCUACACCGUAAAUGGCUUUGAAUAUUACCUCGGUGGUCGGAGACAGCAACAAAUUACGACGUGCACGAACGGAGAUUGCAUGGAUAGACUGGGCGAGGUCAUGUACAGUAUGGUCCGAUAUCAGUUAAUGCAUCUGCACUACACUACCAUAAAAUCUCCGCCAGUAGACAUCACUUGCGAAGCACUCAGUACUCAGUACUUGGACCAGUUGUCCGCGCGCACUAUCACCGCGGAGGACGUCGAAUUCGACAAGAACGAGGCGAAGGCCGAGAUGAUGCGCGAGAGCGCGAGCAGGACUCACAUUGGCCACGUCCCGCAUGAUUACUCGGACAGCGCAAGGGCGCGGUGUUGCGCAAGGGAUUGA